ACGAGUUGGGGACACCUAAAACGACAGAAAGUGACGCGGAGGGGGCCCCGAACCAUACGUCUAGUUUUGACGAGUUGGGGAGUGAGAAUGUGUACCUCCAUUUGGAGGGCUAAAUGUAGGGGUAGUGGAAUUAUUUGCAUUAUGGCUAAAUAUCUAAAGACUUAAAUAAAAUAAAAAAUGGCUCCUUUAACAGUAACACUUGCUAAGGGGGGGCUUAAAGGGCCUAUGGAGUUGUUCUACCCCCACCCCCCACCUCACGACAGUAUUACUAAAUACCUAAUAAUCUCACUUUAUCACUUUCAAAGAUAUAAUUAGUACAUUAUGGACUUCUAAGGAAACUCUGAAGUCCUGUCCCGUUUGGGAAACACCCCUCCACCACCAAAAAACACUGGCUCAGCAUCAGCCUGGGGAACUUUACUCCGCUCUCAUUUACGGUCCACCUUUGAAACUUCUGAUAAUAAUCAACCGGGGCGCGCGGGGCCGUGUUGUUGCCGUUUCUCCGGAGGGCUGCGGAGGUGUUUUGCCGGCGCGCGCGGCACGAUGGUUUCUAUAGGGAAGGUGCUGCUCGGGCUCGCUGCGGUGGCGGUGGUCGUCACGUUAAUUGCGGUCCCCACGGUUAUUUUUCUCAGAGAGGAGGACAAUGACGUGGAGAGCUCCAGAACUUUCACCCUGGAAGAUGUCUUUAACAGCUCUUUGAGACCAAAGUCCUACAGCCUGAGGUGGAUUUCAGACCAUGAGUACCUGCACAAGUCAGAGGGCUCCGUCUUCCUGCACAAUGUUGUCACUAAUGGGGUUACGGAGUUCCUGAGCGCCAGUCUGUUUAUGGAGAAGAAUGCUUAUGACUACCAGCUGUCCGCUGACCGCAAAUAUGUUGCUUUUAUUAGCAAUUAUAGGAAGCUAUGGAGACAUUCCUUUUUAGCUUCCUAUUCACUGUACGACUUGGAAUCAAACAACUUCCUAAGUUCAUCCGACAUUCCUGAUGAAGUCCAGUACUUUGCUUGGGCCCCCGAGGGAAACAAACUGGCCUACGUUUGGCAGAACAAUGUGUACAUAAAGACCAGCCCCGAGUCACCGCCGCAGCAAGUCACUUUCAGUAAACUCAGCGACGUUUUCAACGGGAUCCCGGAUUGGGUGUAUGAGGAGGAAAUGUUUUCGUCCAAUCAUGCCCUCUGGUGGUCACCUGGAGGAAAGUAUGUCGCCUAUGGCGAGUUCAACGACACCGAGGUGCACACGAUAGAAUACUCCUGGUACGGCGACAGCCAGUACCCCAGCACCGUCUUUAUACCCUAUCCUAAGGCUGGUACCCCUAACCCUGUGGUCAAACUGUUCGUUGUGGACUCAGACAAUGUGACCGAAGUAACAGAAGUUGCUGUUCCAGACCCGUUCAAAACAGUCGAUCACUACUUGGCAACUGUAACUUGGGCGACUGAUAAACGCCUUGCAGUUCAGUGGCUUAAAAGAGUUCAAAACCAUCUCAUCCUUCAGAUCUACAACUUCAGCGGGUCUAGCUGGGAUCCAGUCGAGCACUUGGAGUUGACAAGCAGCGGAUGGAUUGGACGGUUCUCCCCGUCAGAACCAGUUUUUGCUGCCGAUGCGAAGAGUUAUUACCUGGUCACGAGUGACAGCAGCAAAUACAAACACCUCCAUCAAGUGGUCGAGGGAAGAACCGCACCUAUCACCUCUGGAUCGUGGGAGGUCAUUGACAUCCUGAAAGUGACUGAAGACAGUGUGUAUUUUUCAAGUAAUGAAAAUGACGGCCGGCCAGGAGGAAGGAACAUUUAUAAGUCAAGUGAAGGCAGCAAGACUUGUCUGACUUGUGAAGUUCGCCAACACUGUGACUAUAACUCGGCUUACUUCAGUCACAACGCCUCGUUCUACCUUCUGAGCUGCAACGGCCCCGAUAUCCCGUACUACGCCCUUAUGGACACCAGGACUAACACAUUGGUCAAAGUUUUGGAGGAGAACAACAUUUUUAGAAAUGAGACAUCUAAAAUCGCAAUGCCAACCGUGCGCCAGGGGACAAUUAAACUGGACAAAUACGAUCUUUGGUACACGAUGCUUCUACCCCCUGGUUUCGAUGCGUCCAAGACAUACCCCUUAUUAAUAGACGUCUAUGCAGGUCCCUGCAGUCAAAAGGUUGACCUUAGGUACCGGGUCGGCUGGUCCACCUACCUGGCCAGCACUGAGAAAAUCAUUGUGGCCAGCUUUGACGGAAGAGGGAGCGGUUACCAGGGCGACGAGUUGAUGCAUGAAAUCUACAAACGUCUGGGAACCUAUGAGGUGGAAGAUCAGAUAACAGCGGCAAGGGAGUUCGUAAAAAUGGGCUUCAUUGACAAAAACAGAGUUGCGAUUUGGGGAUGGUCCUAUGGGGGAUACGUUACGUCCAUGGUGUUGGGUUCUGGAAGUGGAGUUUUCAAAUGUGGAAUGGCUGUGGCUCCAGUCUCCAAAUGGACAUAUUAUGAUUCCAUCUACACUGAGCGUUACAUGAUGCAGCCUUCGGAGAAUCCCGCUGGCUAUGAAAACUCAACAGUAACCGCCAGAGCCAAGAAUUUCCAUUCGGUGGAGUAUCUCCUCGUUCAUGGAACAGCCGAUGAUAAUGUUCAUUUCCAGCAAGCAGCAGAGAUUUCUGAAGCGUUGGUAGAGGAGCAAGUAGACUUUGAGGCUAUGUGGUACACGGACAAGGACCACGGACUCAGCGGUUCGGCCAAUUCACACGUCUACACCCACUUGAGCCACUUCCUGAUGAGGUGCUUCGCAUGAGGACCUCGACUUUGAUCACUGAAAGGAAACGUUUGCUGGGAUCUCCUCUGGGAGCAAAAGCCUAAUCAGUGUUAAACCGUCCAAACUUUGAGGCUUUGAUGUACAUGGUCAAAAAUGUAAAUCGGAGCAUAAUUUUGUAAUAAAAGAUUAAUAAAUACGCAUUUUAAAUGUGAUUUUCCUUUUUACAUAGAUUGUAAAUGAGAGAUUUAUUGUUUUGUUUGAAAGAAAAGGGUAAAAAUCCUGUUUUUGAAGUGAAUUCUGGGAUUUGUGUGUGUAAUCAGGUAUUGUACGAUAUGCAACAAAACCAAUAUUGUUCCAGAAUGUUGUGUACAUAAUUUUCUUUAUAAUAAAUUGGUUAAAAUUGUUGAAAAUA